AUGGGAGAAGUGGCUGCGCAGAUUCCGACGAGUUUCGGCCAGGAGCUCAGGGCUUGUCUUCGCUGCCGCCUCGUCAAGACUUACGAUCAGUUUAGGGAUUCUGGCUGCGAGAAUUGUCCAUUCUUCAAGAUAGACGAAGAUCCUGAGCGUAUCGUCGAUGUUACCACCCCUAACUUCAACGGAACAAUCUCUAUGAUGGAUCCACGCAGAAGUUGGGCGGCAAGGUGGUUAAGAAUUGGUAAAUUUGCUCCUGGUUGCUACGCUCUUGCUGUUUCAGAGACACUCUCAGAGGAUAUGCAGUCACUAUGCCAAGAAGAGCGAGUACAGUACAUUCCACCCAAACGCAUUUGAAGCCAUUUUUCAUCAACUGUCUUCAUCUCCUGCAAGAGUCAUCAGCUUCAAGAAGCCAGAGUGUGAGAAUUGAAUCCAUGGAGGCUGCUA